AUGCCGCGUGGUCUGCUCGUUCUUAUCGAAGGGCUAGAUAGAACAGGUAAAAGUACACAGGCCGCGAAACUUGUCGAAAGUCUCAAUAACAAUGCUCGUCUGGUUAAGUUCCCAGAUCGGACCACCCCAAUAGGUAAAUUGAUCAAUCAAUACCUUGUGGAAUCCGAGACACAAUUGAUGGAUCAGGCCAUUCAUCUUUUAUUUUCUGCAAACAGAUGGGAAGUCGCUGAGACGAUAAGAGCUACUUUAUUGGAAGGUCGAACCGUUGUAAUGGAUCGGUUCGUGUAUUCGGGGAUUGCUUAUUCCGCAGCAAAGUCUGUACCUGGAAUGGAUCUGCAGUGGUGUGCCCAGCCCGACAAAGGACUUUUGAAACCAGAUUUGACCUUCUUCCUCUCCAACAGCCAAACCGAGCAGCGCGCAGGAUUUGGAGAUGAACGCUAUGAGUCCUCAAGCUUCCAAAGUAAGGUGCGUCAAGAAUUUGAGAUCAUUUUUAACACCUUCGAAAGCCCAGACUACAUAAAAAAUCAUAUGGUGUUCCUCACCACCACUGGCAAAACCAUAGACGAGGUGCAUGUCAUGAUAGAUUCAGCGCUCAAGAAGUUUAUCCAAAAGGGUAUUUACAACGAAGAUUUUAUGUACUUUUAA